AAGCUGCAGCAUUCCUGUCGUUGGAGCGCGGGAGGGGAGUGACCACACACUGAUUCUAAUGGAAACACGGAGAAGCCCAUUAAAGAGUCCAAGGCAAGCCAGCAAGAGAAAAAAUGAAAGUAGUCUCUAGUCACCUCUUCUCCAUACGAUGAUCAUUUUCAGCAGUAUCUUUGUUUUGCUUUUGAAACCGUGCUUUGGAUUUUGAACCGUCACAUUGUAUGAUCCAGAGUUUGGAAUAAUCAUGGAAAAAACAUUGAACGUGUCGCAUUCAGGGAGCAGUAAAGGAAAGUGGUCCGCGGAUCUGGGGAAUCCCGCACACAGACAGGCAAGAAGCGGCUCGUAUAGUCCCGGAACAGGGGCUGUCUCGGACACUCACCCGUCUCAGACCCAAAAGAGACACUUGGAGGGGGUUUUGAACAAAUACACCAAUUUACUACAAGGCUGGCAGAACAGGUAUUUUGUGCUGGACCCUGAGCUCGGCCAGCUUCAGUAUUUCAUCAACGAGCACAGUAAGAACCAGAAGCCACGAGGGUCCCUGCCCCUCAUCGGCUCCUCAGUGGCCCCAAGUGAUGAGUUUCCCUAUAUGUUCACAGUCUGUGCUGCAAAUGGAGAUUUCUUCAAACUGCGGGCUUGUGAUGCGCGUGAGCAGCAGAUGUGGAUGACCCAGCUUCAGCUGUGCGCCCGUCGCCACUCAGACGGCAGUGCCAAGGGCUGCACCUCCUCCUCCUCCUGCAACACUUCCUCUUCCUCCUCCACCGGCCGGACCCGCAGCUUCUCCCUGCACCCGCACCCCGUCCCACAGUGCUCCUCCAUCUCCACCCAAAGACAGACCCCCCAGCACGGGACGCCUGCCUCUGUUGUCACCAUCACCCACCACAAGUCUCCCACUGCCAGCCAACGGGCCUGCAGUCAGCAUCCUGCAGGACUGCACCAGGUCAAAGAGGUCAUGUCCCAGGCAGAAGGCCAACAGAAGAACCUGGUUAAUUCCAUCGAGUCGUUGCCGAGCCGCGGGCCGCUGUCCUCCCUGGACCAGGACCUGCUCCUGCUCAAAGCCACGUCUGCAGCCACACUCAGCUGUCUAGGAGAAUGCCUGAGUAUCCUUCAGCACAACGUGUGCCAGGCAGCCCAACACAUCACCCACAGCCACACUCAGGGAUCGAAUACAGAUAACAUCUCUAAUUGGUCAAGGCCCAAAACGGCCUCAGAAGGCCAUGUGAAGAAUGGAGAAUUGGCACGUAACAACACCUCAACUAGACAUCAGCCCCACUCUCCACUUCACAGGAACAGAGAACAGCUCAAAGGCACAGAGAACUCCAGCUCAGAAUCAGUGGACUCCAGCGAGGAGAUCACAGACACAGAAGAUAAUGAGGAGGAAGACCUCGGAGUCUUGGAUGACCAGAGGAGCAUCAUCCUCCAUCUGCUGUCUCAGCUCAAACUGGGCAUGGACCUCACACGGGUGGUGUUGCCCACGUUCAUCCUAGAGAAGCGCUCUCUUUUGGAGAUGUAUGCCAACUUCAUGGCCCAUCCGGAUGUGUUUUUGGCCAUCACAUCUGGAGCGACAGCAGAGGAACGCAUGAUCCGGUUUGUGGAAUACUACUUGACUGCUUUCCACGAGGGUCGUAAAGGUGCUGUGGCCAAGAAGCCUUACAACCCCAUUCUGGGGGAGAGCUUCCAAUGCACAUGGGACGUACCACAAGAUAAGGUGCGGCCCCUCAGAACUACCAGCACAAGUCCAGCCCCUACGGCUGCUCAUUCCACCCAGACCGCCUCCAAUGAGGGGUUAGGAUCUUACCGGCUACGUUUUGUGGCUGAGCAGGUGUCCCACCACCCCCCGGUCUCUGGAUUCUACUGUGAGUGCAAAGAGCGGCAGAUAUGCGUCAACACCCAUGUUUGGACUAAAAGCAAAUUUAUGGGCAUGUCCAUAGGAGUGUCAAUGGUUGGUGAAGGAGUGUUACAUCUCUUGGAGCAUGAUGAGGAGUAUGUGUUCACGCUGCCGUCCGCCUACGCUCGCUCCAUCCUCACAGUGCCCUGGGUGGAGCUGGGUGGGAAGGCUUCCAUCUGCUGCGCCAAAAGCGGAUACUCUUCCACCGUCACAUUCCACACCAAACCCUUCUACGGAGGGAAGGUUCACAGAGUCACGGCUGAGGUAAAGCACAACCCCACCGGCACCAUCGUCUGCAAGGCUCAGGGGGAGUGGAACGGGACGCUGGAGUUCACCUACAGCAGCGGAGAGACCAAAGUGAUUGACACCUCCAAACUGCCAGUCAUUAAGAAGAAGAUCCGGCCACUGGAGAAACAGGGCCAGUAUGAAUCGAGGAGGCUGUGGCAGCAUGUGACAGCGGCACUGAAGACCGGCGACAUCGAUGCAGCCACUGAACACAAACACCAGCUGGAGGAGAAACAGAGAAGAGAAGGGAAGCAGAGAACAGCCAGCAGUACCACCUGGAAACCCAAGUACUUCAUUAAAGAGGGGGAUGGAUGGGUGUACCACAAUCCUCUAUGGAAGACAAAGUGAUGAAGUGAAGCUGGAGCCACAUGAUUUGGGUCCGUCACAGAACUCCCCGCGGAUGGGAGCGUCCAUGUGAGCGAGGGGCUGGCCGACCAAUAGGACUCAAGCAGCAGGGAAAGACAUAGAUCCAUUUCUCCUACUCCUCUUAGGGAGAAUGGAAGGUGCCAAAAACAAAAAAUGAACUCAAGGGUGGUAAAAAAAAAUAAAAAAUAAUACCUCAAAAGCCCCUCUGGAUAAUGAAGAUUUGGACGUGGAGGCCUGAAUUGUGUGACCUUGUGCAAUAUCUUUAUAUUUGUAUAUUACUUCUGGUAAUCAAUAAUACUGAGUAAAGUGAUUUUUCACACAGGAGAGAUGUAGCAUCUGUAUCAGAGUAUAACUGUUAUAUAACUGUUAUUUUAGAACACCGUAAAGGCAGAUAUUGAUGCAAGCAGCAUUCUGUGUAUUCGAGAGCAGUGAUGUAUUCAUGUUCAAUAGAGCUCACCUCUCAUGUUCUUACCAUUUUAUUUGAAUGACUGAAUCGAUCUUACCAUAUGAGGACAGUAUUGUGCUUCAGUUGAACUUCCUGAAGAAAGAAUAAAAUGGAUAUUUAAAGGAAUAGAUUUUAAAAUCAUGUGCAAAUGUAUUUUUCCCUCAUGAUGAUUUAGUAAGGUCAGUGAUAUGCAUGCAUUUUAGUCACUUCGUUUAUCAUUAAAUCCAAGUUGGUUUAUAAAAAGUAGAUCUUCAGAGGUUUGGCCUUUUCACACGUUUUAAUUUUUAACCACACAACACUUUAAAAAACAGAAAAACCAAAACUAUUUCUGCAGAAUCAAAUGUUGUUGGUGUUACUCAGCUUAUAUGGUCACACAUAUAUACAAGAUAAAAAUAAAAAAUGCACACCAUAUUUAAUGCGAGUUGUUUUAAUAAGGUGCAAAAUACAGCCCAUUUUUUUCUCUCAACAAACAGUCCUUGAAAAUAGUUUCGUCACCAAAAAAUAAUAAAAAAGGAGAACAGACUAUUUUUGGGUUUUGUCUAAUUAGUUUCAAUUGUGUCAUUUUUCAAAUAAAAUUUAAAUGUCAAAAUGUACAUGUACAAAUCAUAUAGUAAUGAACAGGGUCACAAAUGUAAACAACAUUGAGCUUUUUCAAGAAAAAAGCUAGUUUGAGACCAAAUGUCGGUUACUGAAACAAUUUAUUCCCCAUAAAUAAAAAUAUUUGAUUCUUGAGCAAUAGUUGAAUGUAAACGUGGUUAAAAAUACAAAAUAAUGCCAGUGUUGUAUAAAGACAUUUGAUGUUUAAAACUAGCUAAGGCUCAUUUUAUGUUAGAUAAUCAUUUAUGUAACAUAAUUCUUACAAACAUAAAUAAAUAAUAAUAACUUGUGCCUUUAAAUGCUUUAAGUAUACCGCUUUAGUAGAAAGUGAAAUGCAUUCCAUUUACAAUGUAUCUAAUGUAGUCAAGAGCAGUUGUCAGUUAAACUGGCCUGAUUUUGCACAUCUAAACCAGGUAAUGUCAGAUUAAAGCCACAAAUUCAGGUCUCCCUAAUCAGCUUCCCCCUCAGUAUUUUCAUAACUAGGACAAAUAUGUGCAAUAUUUUUAAAACCAGCUGAACCACAACCAGUUACAUAACUUGCUCCUUUUGUAACUUCCGUAAUAGGCAUAAAGUGUCUUGACUGAAUGAAGAUGAGUGCCUUCGAGCGUCUGACUGAGACGGAUAAUGGUCUCUGUGCCAGUGAACACAGAGCUUUGAUCAUAACACUGUCCAUCAGCACGGGCACGCGCACACACACACGAUAAAUUAUUAAAGCAGAUUUCAUAAACACAGAUUUCAGGUAUAUGAAAGCCAAUUCAGUGUUUUUCCAUGCCGUCAUUUGCCCCAUUUAACCAGAAUUAUACUCUUUCUCCAAGUAUUAAAAUGUAACUACUCUGGCUAAAAUUCUAAACAUGAAAAUCAUAUAUAUUUCGUUACACUAUAGUAGAUUAUUUACCAGUGCUAUUUUUGAGGAGAAAUAUACAAUUUAUAUCAGUGUUGUCGUGACGUAAUUUUCCAGAAUGAUUAGACACGUGACAUGUAGAGCUCAUCUGAUUGGCUUAAGAACUACUGAAAGACGUCGCAUUCUUGAGCUGCUCCUCGAUGUAAUGUGCUAGAGCUGCCGCCUAGAGGACACCUGUAGAAUAACACCAAUGACUUAAAGCCGGAGAUGUUUCAUUUCUAAAUUCUAUUAAUAGUAGAAAGAUGAUCCUACACAAAAUGAAAAAAAUGUGAGUGCAAACAUGGAUGAGGCAGAUUCUUUCAUUGAGUCUUUUAAUCACAAAUGGCAUCAACUCAUUCUCACAAACAGCAUCUUCGUCUCUCUCGCUCUUUUUUAAAUGUUUUUUUUUAUUAUUUAUUUUACAAUUUAUGGAAUAAAUUUUCACUUGGAAAAAAAAAACAGUUUUUGCAUUUCAGGAUGAAAGGCUUCCUCUUCUCAACUUCAAAUGCAUUCUUGUUAAUAAAUACCUUCCCCUUAGUUUCAAAGCCCUCCGAGUAGAAUAAUAUGGAUGUGUUAUGGAGAAGAGGGGGAAAACCGAUCAAAUUUUCCUUCUAAUUAUCUUACAAAAACAGAUGAAGCAAAAGCAAUAUGUAAGGAUGAAAAGCAGAAAGGCAGAAAACAAACAAGGAUGGGAAAAGUUUAAAUGGCAGCCCAGAAGAACUGAGGAAAAGAAAACCCACUGGAUGUUGCAGGAAGCGCCCUUUUCAACGUAAAAAAAUUAUAUAUAUAAAAAAAAAAGAUCAGAAUAUUCACACUAAAAAUACGCACUCUCCACCUGCAUGCUACUCAGUAGUGGAUCCACAUUAAGGUGAACUAAGACAAAGUGCAUUCAGGCUAGUAAUGCAGCAUUUUAUAAACCUACAACUAAUUCAAUUCACUCUUUGUCCUGGCAGACAGUCGUUUAGGAAGGGGGAAAAAUUUGAUUUAUAAUUGGCCCAAGAAAAACAUCCAUAAGUUUUUUCGCGAAGUGUGGCAAACCACAGCGCCCCCUCUGGACAAAACACAUGAGCAACAAAGGAAAUAAAAGCGGAUUUUCUUCAUUUGAAUUUAGAAUUAUUGCAUAAAACCUUUUAACCAAUAGAAAAACGAAACAAGAAACAUUCAAAAUGAUGUAACAAACAAAACCAUUUAUAUUCAAAAUCACCACAAUAGUUAAACAUUACUAAUGAUCGAGUCCUUUGCAAUGUCUGCCUUAGAAAAAAAAAAAAACCCUCAAGAGCCACAAAGAGCCCACUGCAUUCUGUCACGUAGGAAACCGGGUUUUGUCAGAUAACAGUUGAAACCAAGAGAGCAUUUUAGGGGCUGUCGUACUGCAGACGGCUCCAUAUUCCUCAGAUUUUUCCAUAUCUUUUAUUUUUAAAUGUUUUUUUUUUUAAUCAAAAGUUAACAAUUACAGGCUCUGACAAAACAAAAAAUCUCUUUGGUGCUCCAAGGUUCACUGAGCGUCAUGAAAUUCAUAUUUGUUGGUUGUUUUAGCAUUCGGUUGGAUUAUAUUAAACUGUACCACAAAAAUAGUGCGUUCCGUUUGAGACAUGGGCAGCACUCUCGCUUCACCAGCACAUUCAAGUACAAAAGAAAAAAAAAAAAAAGAACAACAACAAAA